AUGCAAAGAACAUCCUCCAUGGUACCAGAUAGAGGCCCGGCCACCUCGGCAGUGACUAUUGCCAUCACGGUCCUGGCCACUGUCUUCGUUGCGGCUCGUUUUUACACCAGAGUCUGGUUGGUAAGGUCUAUCAAACAAGAUGACUGGUGGAUACUGGCAGCCUGGAUCCUUGCUGUUGGGUUUUCCACUUCGAUAUGCAUUGCGGUCAAGUACGGGUUGGGCAAGCACAAAGCCGACAUACCGGACAGCUCAUUCACCACUUUGCGCAAGGCCGAAUAUGGCUUCUCGAUUCUCUACAACCCAGCUCUGAUGCUGACCAAAACAUCCAUUGUCGUCUUCUAUCUAUCAGUCAUGAGCAAGGACGUCGACCCCGUAUUUAAGUGGUGCAAUUGGCUGACGCUGGCGUUGGUCAACUUGGUGGGCGCCGCUCUGACCUUCUACAACAUUUUUCAAUGUCGUCCUAUUGCAGCUGGCUACCAAUAUCCAACGCCCAAUCAUGCCAAAUGCACCGAUAUCGUCACAUUGUACCUGUCGUCGGCUCCGAUCAACAUCAUUACGGACAUAGCUAUUCUCUUCCUCCCGAUGCCCAUCCUGACUAGAAUGCGUUUGCCUCGCAAGCAAAAGGUCAUCUUGGUCGUCACCUUCAGCUUUGGUGCCUUUGUCGCAGUGGUCGAUGUGAUACGGAUUGCAUACCUGCAGAAUGCUGCCCUGAACCGUUUCAAAGCCAGCGGUACUCGGUUGGUCGAGCAGAAUGACUUUUCCUGGUAUGCAAGCCUGAGUUUCAUGUGGUCGGCGGUUGAGGUGUGCAUUGGCAUCAUCUGCGCAUGCGUGCCUAGCCUGAAGCCUCUUUUCUUGCGCUUCUUGCCGAGCUUUAUUCGGGACCCUGGAGACACCCUGACACCAACCAAUGGCAGUAUCGACCAUGGAAUGUCCAUUGCAAGAUCCCCAACCAUCAACAGCGUCCAUCAAGGCAGUAUUUCCAUACUCACCAAUCCAGCCGCGUUCAGACAGCCGAGUGUACAAGAGUAUUGCGGAGACGACGACGGCGAUCAAAUGGGCUUUUUGAAUAUGCUUGCUGCUCCUCCUGGCAGAGAUGACGGUUUGUCACUGGCAAGAACUUCCACCAGACUUACGAGGAGAUCCACCGCCAGAACCACGACAUCGGACUUUGGCUUUGUCAAAAUGUCGCGAAGUAAGAACAUGCUCAGAUUGACCAAUUUACAGAGUAUCUGGCCCAACGCCGUCGUGACUGUGGUUUUCUUUCUGUGGGGAUUUGCAUAUGGACUCCUGGACACGCUAAACUCAAAGUUUCAAACUGUGGCAGGCCUCUCCACGGGUGAAGUGCUGGGUCUACACGCUGCCUAUUAUGCAGGGUAUGCAGUGGGCCCGCUCACGCUAGGCGUGUUCAUCAUCAAGAGAUAUGGGUUUAAAGCGGCCAUGAUAUCGGGACUUUGUGUAUACGGUUGCGGGACAUUGGUCUUUUGGCCGUCGGCGGUCCUCACGUCGUACGGCGCGUUCAUUGUGUCAAAUUUCAUCGUUGGGUUUGGACUUUCCUGUCUCGAGAUUGCCGCCAACCCUUAUAUUGCGCUCUGUGGACCACUGGAAUAUGCCGAGGUCCGACUGAAUGUGUCGCAAGCAUUUCAAGCCAUCGGCACUGUAUGUUCCCCGUUACUGGCGACCAAGGUUCUUUUCAAGAGAGUGUUGAAAGCCCAGUCCCUGGUAGAUGUGCAAUGGACAUAUUUGGGGAUUGCCAUAUUCGUUUUUGCGCUGGCCGUGCUUUUCUACUAUAUUCCACUGCCGGAGGCCACUGAUGAACAACUGGAAGAGCAGGCGGAGAAACGAAGUUCGGCUUAUUGCGCAACCCCCUAUGGUCGUUGGAAGGUCGUCUACAUAACUUUGGGGUUGGGUGUGUUCAGCCAAUGGUGUUACGUCGGAUUGCAAGAAUGUGUCGGCAGCUACCUGCAGCCGCUGAUUUCUCUGCUCAUCCCGGGCUCCAGUUUGAGUCCUUUCGAUUUCCUGACCCUGGGACAUACCGUGUUUUCGUUCGGGCGGUUCCUGACAGCACUGCUCAAUUAUAUGUUCAAACCAAGAUGGGUAUUGCUUCUGCUUUAUGCCGGGCUGAUUGUGUGUCUGGCUCUCAACAUGAAUCUGAAUGGAGAUGCUGGUGCCGCGCUGGGUGUUUUGACUUUUGUGUUUGAGGCGGGAAUAUUCUCCAACAUCUAUGCCAUCGCAAUGCGCGGGUUGGGCGUUCAUACCAAGACUGGAUCUGCUCUGAUGGCAGCUGCAAUAUCUGGUGGAGCAGUGUUUCCUCCUAUUCAAUGGGGAGUUUCGAACGCUCGUGGCUUGAGAUAUUCGUAUUGUGUGCCUUUGGCCGUUGCUGCUUUCGGUAUGCUGUUUCCGAUAUACUUGAAUCUGGUCGCCGAGGCUAGGGUUCAAGUCGAUCCCGUCUAUGGCAACCACACGCAUAGUCAGAAGCGGAAGAUUUUGCAGGGUUUCACCAGCGAUCCCGCCCCCAGCUACGACGAUGCGAAAGGCAUGAAGUCGCCUACAACUCAUGCGGGAGACGGUUCUGCACGAAAAGAGAGAAUAACGAAGAGGACCCAAGCUGCGACGCCAACUCCGUCGGUAGAACACGUUGAACAACGAUUGGCGAAGAGUCGCAGUCGGAAUGGUGCUCCCGCUCCCUCAUCGCCCAUUCUCACAAAGGACUUUGCCGGUGAACGUGAGAUGAGCAAGGAGCGACAAUGUCCUACAAAAUAUGCUGGAGAAGACCUUACUUCUUGGACUGCCGAGGACUCGUCCGACAGCAGCGGAGAUGGAGAUGGAAGUGGCAGUGGCAAUGAUAACGAGAGCAACAACAAUCAGCAGCAGACAAUGACCAAAUUCGACGACGUCGGUACUGACGAGAGGACCGUCUCAGACACUGAUAUGUCUACUCGGCAUCGACAUCCCUCCGGGCCUGAUGGGCCGGCACUGAAGCGCGAGUUCGACCGAGAUGAUGACUAUCAUGCCAUCAUGAGGAAGAUAUAG